CUCCUUGGUGUUGUGGCUGCUCAGUUAUAGAGCACCUCCAAGCCCUCUGACUUUGCUGUUCCCUCAUACCCUUGUUUCUCCCCUUGUCCCCUCUGGUUGCCAGUUAAUUUUUUUUUAUAGGCUCAACUCAGACUAGAGAAGUGGUGCAAAGUAGAACCUGAAGUUUAAAAAAAGACGUACAUAUAUUAAUGUAUUUCACUAAAAAAGAUAUCCUAAAACUUUUGGGUGCAAAUUUUGAAAAGGCAGCUUGCAUGUGAAACCAGCAGAAAUGGUUGGUGACUUCAAACUGCUUUCACUGAGCUUUCAUAACAAGGCUAGUUCUUGUCUAGGUUCUUGGUUGAGAUAAUAUCCAUAAAAAAUGUAAGAGGUAAUUACGAUUUUACAGCAGUUUUGUGGCAAAUGCUGGGGAAAUUCUGCAAAAUGUGUCUCUGAAAGACUUGGCUGCAAAGAACUAUGGCACAGACUAGAUUUUGUAAGCAACAAGAAGCUCUGAGCUGAAAAACACAGAGCUCUGUUCCUGUAGGAUGCAACAGCAUGUCUUGGAGCUGCUCAGAAAGUGUUUGGCAGAUCAUCAACUACAGCUUGUCUGAAUCUGUACUGAAUGCUGUAGUCAAUGCUCUAGAGCUGGGCAUGGGCUACAAACAUGAGCCUUGAAGCAGAACUCUGAAAUUCCUUCAGACUUUUAUUUUGAGGUCUAGUUUGGUCCACUCCUUACACUGAGCUAACAAGAAGGUUCAGAUAAAAACUCAAAGUCCACUGCAGUCUGUGUGGGACAGAUGAGGGAUGUGGAAUUUUGCCCUAAAUUCAUCCUACCACGAUACCAGUGACAGAUUUAUUAGAAGGUGCUAUAGACAAAAGGAAUCUCUCCCACUGCUUAAACCAUGUUUCGGACAAUAGUUUAAACAUUUAAAUUUGUUUAUUUCAGUAUAAAUCACCCUCUUUUGUGCAGAAUGAAGGGACAUGCUAGCAGUUUACUAUACCUAUACCCUCAAAAAAAUCCCUAGGCAAAACACUUCCCUAAAAUCAGCUAUUUAAUGCAGCCCCUUUGCUAGCCCUUUGCUGUGGGAACUCAGUCUUUCUUUCAUUUCCGAAACCAGACAGAUUCUUGUUUUGUGUGUGGAACUGAAUUUCUAGGAUUCAAGUCUUGAUAUCUAAAUAAUGAGCUUUCCUGACCACGACGUUCUGGGCCAGGCUUUUGAAGAUGCUCUAGAAGUGCUGCAGCAGCACUCUGACAGAGAAAUGCAGUGUCCACCAGGUUAUAAAAACUGCCUGACUGUGAUCAACCAUCACCACCACCUCCAAGCAAGUCCCAGUUACUGUGCAGCACCAUCUGUGGAGGAGCAAGGGUAUAGCUGGAGAAAUGUGAUUAACAGUGCAGCGGAUUUUUAUGCGGAUGAGACUGUCUACCAUACACUGCAGAAUACUCCAGAAAGUCAAGUGAUGCAUGCUGCUGCUGGCCAGCCAAAAGCAGGGAAAGGUAGAAAAAAGCUUCGACUAUUUGAAUAUCUCCAUGAGUCUCUCUAUGAUCCAGCUAUGGCAAACUGCAUCCAAUGGGUGGAUAAGCCAAAUGGUGUUUUCCAGUUUGUCUCCAAAAACAAGGAGAAACUUGCAGAACUGUGGGGAGAAAGGAAAGGAAACCGCAAGAUCAUGACUUACCAGAAAAUGGCCAGAGCACUGAGGAAUUAUGGAAGAACAGGUGAAAUCAUUAAGAUCCGUAGGAAGCUGACAUACCAGUUCAGUGCUGUUGUUUUAAAGAGACUUGCUCCAUCUUAUUUCUUUGGAAAAGAAACAAUUUAUCAUCCCUACAUUCAGUCUAAUCAAGAAUAUCAGCGUGCAGAUGACUGGACCAGUUACAAUAAUUACAUGUACAACAAUGGUUAUGCAUUACAGCAUGCUAACAGCUAGACUUACCUGUCACAUGAAUAUGUGUCACAUGCCUUUGUUAUCCAGCAGUACUUUCCAGCCCAGAAACUCUACCCUCUACAUAGCUUUUCCUUUAAGGUAUCGUACAAACACAUGAGGAGGAAGGAUUAAAAAAUUAUAUUGGCCCAAGUUUUUUUCCUUUUGAAGUUAGUGAUAUACAGUCAUUGCCUCUUGAAGAAAUCUAGCAGCUAUAGAACACAUUCUAUUCUCCGUGAUGCUAGUCAAAGGAAUUACUGUAGUUUCAAGCUGAUAUAUUCAAGAAUAGGAUCAAGGCUUUUGUCUGUUAGUGGACAUUGAAGAUCCCAUUAUGACAACACUCACUCUAAGUUUUAUGCCUAUCUACAAUCAUAAUUUAGGUGAUGUUGUACCAUGGUUGCUGCAUCCCUAAGAUAGAAAGGUUAGAGAUUUGCCAACUGCAUGAAGCUGCUGUCUUCUUUUCUCACCAAUGUUCUUUAUAAAAGGGCAUUUUCUGAGUGAAUGCCUGGCUGACUGAUAGUCCACAUAAGGGUGCACCUGUUGGCCAAACUGUUAAUCCUUAAUCACUUAAAUUAACAUAUCUUAGCACAGAUCCUGACAUGUGGUAUUAGGAUUGCCAGGUGCACAUUUUACUGUUGGCAGUGGAUUCAUUGGGACAUGAGAGAGUUAAUAAAGGAUUUGUGCUCUUGA